AUGAUUAAUACAUUGGACCACGAAUUUUUGAGUUGUACAUCUGGAAGUUUUUUUUUUAUUACAUUAUCUAACCCAGCUGAAUAUUUGAUGGUUGAUCCUCGAUCAUUUAUCAGACCGGAUACUUACACUAAAAUACAAAUCACUCCAUUCGUAAAAAAAAUUGAUUCGCAACUAAAGCGGCAUUCUCCAGAAGCCAGGAAAUGCUAUUUACACAACGAGAGAAAAUUAUCAAUUUUUCAACAGUAUACACAGAUGAAUUGUAAUUACGAAUGUGUAUUAAACGAAACUUUGACCAUAUGUGGCUGUGUUUCCUUCGAAAUGGCUUAUUUAGUGGCAACCAGUGUAAAAAUUUGUGGUCUGGCAAAAAAAGGCUGUAUGGUAAAAGCUCAACGUAAGUAUGGAUUUAAAUCUAAAGAAGCAUCCUACCUGCCGGAAAUGCAAAUGAUAUGCAAAUGUUUGCCAACAUGUUCUGUGGUCGAAUAUGAAAUAACAUAUACGUCUCAUUAUGAUGAUUGGACUUAUAUGAAAUCAACAAAUAUUGUAAAGAAUAAUUCUAGAGGCGCCACGAUUGAGUUCGUUUUCCACAAACCCUAUUUCACAGCAUAUAUAUCCACAUCAAUUGUAGAAUUGAACUCUCUAAUAAGUAAUGUUGGUGGAUUGAUAAGUUUAUUUUUGGGAUUAAAUUUAAUCAACUUGUUUGAAAUAUUAUACAUCAUGAUUAAAAUGGUCAGUAAUUACAUUGUACACAUGUUUGAUAAAAUAUGA